GCACAGUUCUCUGACCAUUGAUGAGAAAAAAUUGUUGAAUCAUAAACAAAAAGACAGCAGAAAAAUUAAAAAUAUUAUUAUCAGCUUAUUUUACGAAUAAAGUGUAUAAUAAAAAUAAUAAAUAAUACAUUAGCGAUUACAACAAUUAAAAAUUUUGCUUUUUAACAAGCAAGAGUAAUUAAAUUAAAAGAAAAACAAAACAGAUUGCAACAAAAACACACAUACUACGGUAACAAAAAAAAACAAAAGGAGGAAAACAACAAUAUAAAAGCAAACAAAGCAGAAUACAAAAAAAUUAAGGGCAAAAACAGUUUGAAAAAUUUACUCAACCAACAGUACUUGAUCGAACCAGUAGCAAAUGCAAACGCUAUUACGGUAAAUAAUAAAUUAUUUAAAAAAUACGGUGAUAAAAUAAAGUGAUAAUAAAAUAAAAGUAUUAAAACAAGUGGUAUUUUGAAAUAAAACAACAAUAAAAAAGAACAGUGAUUUGCAAAGACACUAAAAGGUCACUAAGGUUAAUAAAAAAGAAAAAAAAAACAACAAAACAUAACAAGUUUUAAAAGAAAUUUUGCAACAAACCUCAAACAUGAAGUCUGCAUUGUUAAUAGGAACAAUUUUUAGCCUGUUAUUGGCAUUGCAGGCAGCUGACCUCGACCUUAGCAAUAUUGAUGUAAAUGACUUGAAAAAUCAACUGCCCGAUGAAUUUCCCAAGACCAAUCUUACUUUGGAUGAUGCCAAAACUUUGGUUAAGGAUAAAUGCCUUAAAGUGGCCGGCGAAGAAGAGGGUCAAAAAGCGUUUGCUGAAAUUGAAAGCUCCACAUUGACUUUGGCCGAGUGUGUUAAUAAUAUUGUUAAUUUCACCGCCAUACAAGAGGAAAUAAAUCUUGCCUCGCCCACAGGAGAAUUGGAUGUGGUGUUCAACAAGUACUGUUUAAAACGUCCCGAAGCUCUAAAAUGUAUUGAAACCUUCAAUACCAAACUUACACCCUGUCUUGAUGAGGAGGAACGUGAAAAUCAAGAUGUUUUCAUGCGCAUCAUACGCAGUCUUUUGAGUUUUGUUUGCCACAAGGGAGGUGAUCAGAUUGCUCUGUUCAUUGCCGAAAAAGGACCCGAAUGUUUGGAAGCACACAAGGAAGAUAUACAGAACUGUAUUAAUAGCACAUUCUCCGGUUAUCUCCCUGAAGAGGGCAUUGAAAAUGUUAAAACUUUACCCAAAUUCAUAAUGGGAGCUAAACAAUGUAACGAUAUCGAACGUUUGGAAACCUGCAUUGUUAAAAAAUUGGAAUUGUGUGAAGAGAUAACACCUGCCAAUAUUGUUGAGUCCAUGUUCCGUUUUAUUAAGAACGAAACUAUUUGCCGUUCAGUGGGUAAUACCGAUAAACAUGUUGCUGGUAGUUCGGGAAAUACUUUAAUGAUGAGUAGUCUUAAUUCCGCGCUGUUGGUGUUGUUUAUUACAGCAUUGACAUAUUUUAAUCGUAAAACAAUAGUUUAAAAACAAACACAAAGUUCUCCUUACACUCAUUGUAUAAUAAGAAUAACAACAACAAAAAGAACUUAUUACAACAGCAAAUUUGGUACUAUCUACAACAACAAGAACAACUUACAACAUCUAUAUGAAAUUUCUACAUUUAAAAAGGAACUAAUUGCUAUUGGCUUUAUUUAAACACACCAUAAAACUUUUUAAAUAUUUUCAACAUUUUAAAAUAAAUAUUUAAAAUGUUUACUCAUGGAUUUUUUACAACAACAAGAACAACAAUGUUAAUUUAAUAACUCAAAUAUAAACUUUAACUAACAAAACGAUAAAACGUUUAAAGUCGAAAUGUUAAUUACAAACAAAAUUGUUUAUAGUUAUAACGUAUAGAAACAACAAUUAAAAACUAUUUUAACCUUUAACUCCCUAUUAUCGUAUAGAAAUAUAUAGAGAAAAGAAGAAAAUAAUUAAAUAUACUACAAAUACUACAAAUAUACAACUAAAUAUAAAACAUAACAAACAUGUAGUUACUAAGUAUCAAAGUUUACUUAAUUUAGUAAGAAAGAAAAACAUUUUGUUUAAACAUUUAAAACACUUAAAACUAAUAACAAACAAUCAAAAUAUCAAAAAUGAUUAUUUGAUUAUUUGCUUAUUUUUUUAGUUGGUUUUCAUAACAAUUUUGUUAGAAGUUUACUAAAGUUUAGAAAAGAAGUUAAGUAGAAUGCAAAAGAAAUAAAGAAUAAUGUAGCAAGUAAGCGUACAAUUGUAAUUGAAACUUUAUACAUUGUCAUAUACAUACAUACGUUACAUUUAAGAAAUCAGUUAUGAAGUAAAUUUGAAUCUGAAUUCCUCCUCCCAAAAAAACUCAAAUAUAAAAAAAAAAAUCUCAUUUAAAUUUUAAGAAAUUUGUUCCAUUUA